UUUGCGCGAGGCGAGAGACCAAUGUUUUUUUGGCACGAACGACAUGACGUCAUCUGCAAUUCCGGCGGACGUGGUUCCCCACGGGUUAGGGGUCGCCGUGGGAUCCGGAUCCUCGUGUUUCGCUAUAGGAUCCGGAUCCACCAAUGGGUUCGGAUCCUUUGACCCGGUGACCACGCCACGUCCUGCGGGCGCGUGCAUCGCGGCGUGAGAUGACUCCGUCCUCUUGGUGAUUUAUCUUCAUGGCUUUGUCAGCGCGAUCUCCCGCCUCCACGGCCGGCGAGCUCCAUCUCAACAUCAUGGAUGACGGCGCCCCCUUGGCCACGCCGGGGCCCCCUGCCGGCGCCAGCCUGCGCGCGGGCGAAGACUCGGCUCUCCCGGGCCACAGCCCAGCUCCGCACGGCGACAGCUUUCCCAUUGGAAACGGCGGUUCCGUGGGCGGGCGACUCCAUUCCAAUGGAUUUGCAAACGGCGGCAGUGGAAGUGGCGAUGGCACCGGCGAAUGGCACUCCGUAAAAGAUCCCUUCGGCGGCGGCGGCGGCUUUACCAGAGUUGGUGCUCGUAGCGGCGGCUCGGUUUCACGCGCGCGCCACUGGCUGCGUGCCCGCCGCUGGCGCGCCCACUGGCGGGCGCUGCGGCCGUGGUCGUUCGGCGCGUCGCUGGCGCCCGUGGCGCUCGGCGCGGCGCUGGCGUGGCGCGCCGACGGCACGUUCCGCCCCGCGGCAUUCGCCGCCACGCUCGCGUGCGUGUUGUGCGUGCACGGCGCCGGAAACCUCGUCAACACCUACUACGACUUCGCGCGCGGCGUGGACUCGGGCGACCGCCGAAGCGACGACCGCACGCUGGUGGACGGGCUGCUGGCGCCCGCGCAGGUCGUGCGCCUGGGCGCCCUGCUCUACAGCGCCGGCUGCGCGGGGGCCCUGGCGCUGGCGGCCGCGUCGCCGCUGCGCAACGAGCACUUGGCGCUGCUCUACUUCGGCGGCCUCUCCAGCUCCUUCCUCUACACGGGCGGCAUCGGCCUCAAGUACGUGGCCAUGGGCGACGCGCUCAUCUUCGUCACGUUCGGCCCGCUUUCGGUGCUCUUCGCCUUCUCGGCGCAGACGGGCCGCCUCGCCGCGGGGCCCCUCGCCUACGGGCUUCCGCUGGCGCUGCUGGCGCAGGCGGCGCUGCACGCCAACAACGCGCGCGACGCCGAGGGCGACCGCGCGGCCGGCGCCGUCACGCUCGCCAUGGUGAUGGGCCCCGCCGCCUCGUACGCGCUCUACAUCGCGCUGCUGCUGCUGCCCUUCGCGGGCCUCGCCGCCGGCGCCGCGAGGCUGCGCGCGCCCACGCUGGCGGCGCCGCUCGCCGCGCUGCCGCUGGCGCUGAGGCUGGAGCGGCGGUUCCGCGCGGGCACGCUCGGGGACGUCCCGCAGGGCACGGCGAGGCUCGGCCUGGCCGUGGGGUUGCUGUACGCGGCGGGCGUGCUCCUCGCGCCGCCGGGGAGUCUCCGCGGACUCACGUGACGGCGCGCAGCUCGCGCGCUUCGACGCUGGUCGACGCGCGCGAACAACAAUCCAGCGCCGCAGAUGCAUAAACGAGCACGUGGGAAAGCACGUGCGUAAUCACUUCCACACCCCCGGAAAUCACGCACAUGAACACUCCACUUCUUUCGUAUGGCUUAUGUAGAUGCAGAGUAACAGCAACAAUUUCACGUUCGGGUGGUCAAGCCAGAUAACCGCGUCAGAAGCAGCGGAGUGUAUCGCUCGUGCACGCACGCACACAUUAACACACACAUUAACACACACAUUAACACACAUACAUUAACACACACAUACAUUAACACACAUGUAAAGUCCACAAAUCAAUGAGAGUCUCCACUUGUCGUAUUGUUUCAUGGGAGUUAAUUGACCAUACUUUACUACACUGGUCAAUGCGGUUUAAACGGGGAGAAAGCGCGUACAUGUAGGAGCACAAGUACAUUGAUGGAUUUUGUUGCACUGCCCUCUGCUGCCCACAAUCAAAUAUGAAAGUGUGCGCAUUCACACUCAUGCAUUCAAGCAAAUGUCCCCAAUUUCACCCCAGAGACCAUUGUUGCAAACGCUAUUUUGGUCACCGGUAAGGUGAACACGACAGACGAAGGCAGUGUCACAAGCGCCACACCUCGCUGCCUCUGCAUUCCUCUUUGCCGACAUUCGCACCCCACAGUGAACACUAAUUUCAGUGAACUCGGGAGAGGCCCGUGUUCUAUUAAUACGCCAAUUACCAGUGGUGUUGUGCAUAUGGCCUGGGGUUGCACGGGCUUGGUGUCUCUUACACGAGGCUGUUUAAGUCUUGUCCAAUGUCAGACGAGGAAAAUACAAACCGUGUGUGUAGCAGUCCGUUUCUCUUUUUAAAGAGGAGUUGUUUGAAAAUGACUUUGAAUGUAAAUGGAGCGUUUGUAUAUUACUUUAAUUAAAGUUAAAAUUUUGGAAACCUGCA